UUCACUUGGUAAUGACUUGUGCAAGCCAUUCCUGGAAUCUUGUAAUUGAUUUCUUUUACACUGGUUCUUCUACUGAUUUGCAGAUUUAAAAAUCCUCACUCACCACCCUCACCCCAGCAAAAUAUCCUGAGAGAAGAUCUGAGAAUUAGUAAAGAUGCAGGCCAAAACCAGCAAUCCACCAGAUGGUGGCUAUGGAUGGGUUGUGGUAGCAUCAGCCUUCACGGUGAUGGGCCUCACUGUUGCUGUCCUCAAGACUUUCGGUCUGUUGUUUGUUGAAAUCCAGCAGCACUUUGAUGAACUUGCAAGUACCACUUCCUGGAUCACAUCAGUAACUAUUACCGUCUUUCAUUUAGGAGCCCCUGCUGCCAGCUCACUCUGUGCACGCUACACACAUCGGGCAGUUGUGAUCACUGGAGGACUCCUGGCUUUUUCAGGAAUGACACUGGGAUUUCUUGGACUCAACAUGGUCUGGAUGUAUGCAACAACUGGCUUCCUACAGGGACUUGGGAUUUCCUUUUCAUGGAUACCAGCCAUUAGCAUUGUGAGCCAUUAUUUCUCCAAGAAAAGAGCUUUGGCCAGUGCUAUUGCCAGUGCUGGAGAAUGUGUCUUUGCAUUCAUGUUUGGGCCAUUUUUCCAGUGGUUGAUAAGUCAGUAUGGAUGGAAAGGUGCCCUCUUGAUCAUAGGUGGCAUCCAACUCAAUAUCUGUGUCUGUGGAAUACUGAUGCGACCCCUGGCAAGCAGCUGCCUCCUUGAGGCUAGACAUUAUGAAACUGAGAGACCACCUGGCAAUGGCGAAUCUAGGAUAGACAAAGAAGAUAAGUCUCCUACUGCAAACAAAACCUUCAACUGGAUGCUUCUGAGACAAACAGAGUUUGUACUUUACGCCAUUUUUGGCAUAUUAGCUGCUAUGAGUUUUUUUGUUCCUCCCUUAUUUUUAGUUCCACUUAGUUACAGCCUCGGAAUAGACGACUCAUGGACUGCAUCACUGCUAUCCAUUUUAGCUGUAGUGGACUUUGCAGGCAGGCUGCUCUGCGGCUGGUAUGCCAAUCUCCACGUUACCAAAACUGUUCAUUUGCUGACAGUGACAGUUACACUGAUCAGCACUUCCCUGAUGCUGUUGCCACUGGCUAACAGUUACCUGUCCUUGGCAAUAUUCACUGGCUUCUAUGGAUUCUUCUUUGGUACAACAGUCGCCAUUCAUAUUACAGUGCUAGCAGAUGUUGUAGGCAUGCCAGAUUUUGACAGUGCUCUAGGGCUUUUCAUGCUCAUUCGAAGCACUGGAGGUUUUGUGGGACCUCCUCUUGUUGGUCUGAUCGUGGACAUGACAGGAGAUUAUAGAGCAGGCUUCUACAUGGCAGGAGCAACUCUUAUCCUAUCAGCUGUGUUUUUAGUUACUUUAGAUCAGCUCCAACAGAGAAAAGAAAAAGGGACCCAGACCAAUACUAAACAAGAAAACUCGAUGUUACACUAUUCUACCCUCCAUCUCCUGAAACUUCAAACCAAAAGGUAUCAAUAACAUGAUGUAGUGGUGUGACUGUAUUGGAUAUCUUACAGCAUUUCAGGAGAUACAGAAGUAUUUUCUCUGAACUCAAUAUAAAUAGGAUUUAUAAAAUGAUGGGAGUUUUGGAUCAGAAUGUUUGAAACUGAGGAAGAAAAUCAUUUAGCUUAUAAGGAAACCACACCAGUAACCAUUAGCAUAUUAUUUUGAUGUUGGAGUUGCAUUCUGACUACAAGUCUUCAACACAGUCCCCCAGGGCUGUGAUAAGCAAACUAGGGAAACUGUGGUCUAAAUGAACACAUGACACAUAUAUGCAGCAGGUAGAAACCCCAAACACAGACUGCAGCCAUAACUAUCAAAUAGGAAGAGGUGUCAUCAUCACAGAUGUUCAAUGUAGGGAAAUAGUGUUCAGUACUUCCAGUAAACAAGUUGGAUGUGAAAGCAAGAGUACAUGAAAAUAUGUUUGAGCUAAAGGCAGGUACUCUACAGAGCAGAGCUGGAAUCCGAAAAAUAAGUAAACCUGAUAAGUGGGGAAAGUUACAUGAACAAUAGAAAUAUCAGAACUAAAAAACAAUACACACAGGCAUAAAAUGGAGAACGAUUGAUGAAAAACAGAGGAAGACAUAAGGCUACAGUGGACUUCAAACCAAGUAAGAAUCCCAGAUGCAACCCUGUAUUAAUAACAGUAAAUGUCUUCCUGUGUUAUUGUAAGAUAGAGAAGAUAAUGGUGCUUGUCAGGCUUCAACUUGAAGAGGUAUAUAAGUUGCAAAGAAUUAAGCAGAAUAAGAAUGAGAAGGGUUAAGGAAGCAGCCUAAAGAAAAAGUGUGAGAAAUUAAGUUUGUCUGAUUUAGAAGACAAAUGUUUUACUGAGCAUGAGAACAGCCUUCAAAUCCACAGUAAAUUGAGAUAAAAAAGACAAAGUUAAUUCCUUUCCUUGUUAAGGUAAUUAGUAAUUGAUAGAAUUUACAGCAAAGCAAAGUUGUGUAAUAGGGGAAAAAUCUUCACUGUAACCUGUUAAGCAUAGAAACAGACUAUAGGGAGAAUAUGAAAACAGAGGUAUUAGAAAAUAGAUAAGAUAUGGGAGAGAAUCUAAAUAUAUUCAGUUGUGCUUCAGAACAGUGGGAUGGCCUAGAUGACUUCCUGAGAUCCUCUUUAGUCCCACAUUUCGCUAUCCUGAGGCUCUCUGAGCAAAUAUGCAAUUUAUGAGAUUCAAAAAAGUAUGUAUCCAAAUCACAGUGUUUUGGUUCAUUUUAUUUUACCAGGGGGAAGAGAAAACGUAGAAGAAGAGAGAAAGGGUUAGGUCAUAUUGUA